AUGGCUGCUGCGGACGGUGGAUAUGCCACUGGCGCAGGACGAGACGAUGGUGAUCUGCGUCGAAGAAAUGUGACCAGUUAUGAAAAUACCAAUGGGCAGCAUGUCUACAAGGUGGAUGCUGAAGAUGUGAAGAAACUACAGAAGAAGUCGGGCAUCCUCGAUAUCCUCGACGAGUGGGAAUUCAUCAUAGCCCCCGUUGUUUUCACCGCGUUUGCCCUCUUUACACGACUAUGGAAGAUAGGGUUGUCUCCUAUUGUAACCUGGGACGAGGCCCAUUUCGGCAAGUUUGGCUCCCACUACCUCAAGCGAGAGUUCUACUUCGACGUCCAUCCACCCCUGGGGAAGAUGCUGGUUGGCCUAUCUGGCUACCUGGCUGGAUAUAACGGUUCCUUCGAGUUCAAAUCCGGCGAGACCUAUCCGGAACACGUUAACUACACCUUCAUGCGGAUAUUCAACGCCCUCUUUGGCGCAGUUACGAUUCCUUUGACAUACUACACGGCGCGGGAACUCAAUUUUAAGCGUCCGGCUGUCUGGCUGAUGACCCUCAUGGUCCUCUGCGAAAACUCGUACGCCACGAUUUCCAGAUUCAUUCUCCUCGACUCCAUGCUGUUGUGCUUCACUUUCACCACUGUCCUCUGCUGGGCAAGAUUCCACCGUCUUCAACGCAAGAGCUUCUCACUCGAAUGGUUUGCGUGGCUGUUCCUGACCGGACUCAGCAUUGGUUGCGUGUGCAGUGUCAAAUGGGUCGGGUUGUUUGCCACGGCCUUGGUCGGCCUGUACACGGCCGAGGAUCUGUGGAACAAGUUUGGCGACCUGAAGAUGCCAAAGACGGAGCUAGCCGCCCAUGUGGUUGCUCGAGUAGGCGGGCUCAUCGUCAUUCCAAUGCUGGUCUACAUGUUCUCGUUCUAUUUGCAUUUCUUGAUCCUGGAGAACUCUGGUCCCGGCGACGCCCAGAUGUCGUCUCUCUUCCAAGCCAACCUGAAGGGUACCGAAGUCGGUAAGGACUCGCCUCUGGAAAUUGCAUUGGGAUCGAGGGUCACCAUCAAGAAUAUGGGUUAUGGCGGUGGCCUGCUGCAUUCCCACGUGCAGACAUAUCCUGAAGGAAGUGGUCAACAACAGAUUACUUGCUACCACCACAAGGAUGCCAACAAUGACUGGUUCUUCUACCCCAACCGAAGCCAGACCGAUUUCGAUUUUGAAGGACCAUUGAGUUUUGUUGCCGACAAGCAAGUUGUCCGUCUCGUCCACGCACAAACAGGCCGUAACCUUCAUUCACAUUCUGUUGCCGCCCCUGUCACCAAGGCUGAUUACGAAGUUUCCUGUUAUGGCAACCUGACCGUUGGUGACGCGAAGGAUCAUUGGAUGGUCGAGGUCGUCAGUGAUGCGGCAUCUUCUGAUAGAUCUCGCAUUCGAACCCUCACCACGGCCUUCCGACUGCGCCAUACUGAGCUAGGUUGCUACCUCCGUGCAGGAACGGUCAACCUGCCGCAGUGGGGUUUCAAACAAAUUGAAACAACAUGCGUCAAGAACCCCAGUUCUAGAGAUGUGUACACCCACUGGAACGUGGAAUCCCAUGUGAAUGAGCGACUGCCACCUGGUGAGGCCAAAAACUAUCGCUCUCCGUUCUUCAAGGAUUUCAUUCACUUGAACGUUGCCAUGAUGACCUCCAACAACGCCUUGGUGCCCGACCCGGACAAGCAAGAUGACUUGGCCUCGCAGUUCUGGCAAUGGCCUAUCCUUCACGUCGGUCUCCGCAUGUGUUCGUGGGAUGAUAGCGUUACGAAGUACUUCCUUCUCGGCAACCCGCUCGUCUACUGGGGCUCGACUGCCUCAUUAGGUGUUGCAGGAUUGAUUGUGCUCUGGUACCUGAUUCGCUGGCAGCGAGGUUACGACGAACUUCGCCAGGCCGAUAUCGAUCACAUCCACUACUCUGGAAUUUACCCUCUGAUUGGCUGGUUUUUCCAUUACCUACCUUUUGUCAUAAUGGGACGAGUCACGUAUGUCCAUCACUACUACCCGGCUCUCUACUUCGCCAUUCUUGUGCUCGGUUUCUGUGUUGACUGGAUGACCCGACCCCUCAACAAGACUGUGCGCUGGGGCGUCUACUCUGUCCUCUACGCUGCAACCAUUGGCCUGUUCGUCUUGUUCAGCCCCAUCGUCUUUGGCAUGCAAGGGCCCAACAAGAAUUAUGCAUACCUCAGAUGGUUCCCCAGAUGGAGAAUGUCAGAUGCUUAG